AUGGAUCAUCAUUGUCCAUGGGUGAAUAAUUGUGUGGGCGAGGCAAAUCAGAAGUAUUUUGUUCUGUUCACGAUGUACAUAGCACUAUUGUCUUUUCAUGCACUUUAUUGGGGAAUAUGGCAGUUUGUACUUUGCGUCGGCAAGGAGUGGCAUAGCUGCAGUAACCUUGGUCCACCAGGUACAACACUCAUGCUGAUUUUCUUGAUGUUUGAAGCCAUUUUGUUCGCAAUUUUUACGUCAGUCAUGUUUGGCACACAACUGUCGGCCAUAUGCAGUGAUGAAACGGCCAUUGAAACUCUGAAACGGUAUGAUUUUAGUGCUUUUAAUUCUUCAUUGUAUGUGAAAAAGCUUGGUGUCAGUAUCUUACGCGACGUUUCAUUGCAAUGGUUUCGUAGCGGUUCCCCUGGUGUGGAACCCACACCCGGGAAAGCUCUUCAUAAAGAGUAUCCAUAUGCGGUGAAGCGUGGUCGUGAAGAUCGACAGAAAGCGAUCUCGUGGAAGAAGAACAUGCAGUCAGUAUUCGGAGGGCCGUGUUCCGUGCGGUGGCUAAAUCCGUUGGUCGAGCCGUACAUGAGCAAGCCAGCGUGUGAAUAUUCUGUCUAG